AUGGAGUCGGGGAAAAUUCAUUUAAAUCUAAAGACAGUCCUGCUGACAAUGAUGAUGUUCAAAUGGGGAACGCUCUGCACAGCCACAUCAGACAAGUGUUUGUCUGCACCCUGCCACAACGGAGCUACCUGUGUGGACACCAUGGAUGACUAUGCCUGUAUCUGUACUAGUGAAGGGGUGCGAUACAUGGGUAAAAACUGUGAUGAACUCUACGAUGGCUGCACCUUUGCUCCAUGUGAAGACUGCAUCAGCACUCCUGGUACCACCGAAUACCACUGCAUCUGCCCGCAUGGACUCACAGGUGACAACUGUACUGAGGAGGUGGACGAGUGUCAGAGCAACCCCUGCUCUGAGCCCAGACCACUGUGUGUAGACCAGCUGCAGGGCUACUUCUGCAGGUGUCCUGCUGGCUAUGGAGGUGAAGACUGCAGGACACAUAUCACUGACUGCAUUGACCAGCCCUGCAGGAACAACGGGACUUGUGUAUUACAACCAGAGGGCUUUAUAUGCCGCUGUGCCCCGGGAUUCGAGGGGACAACCUGUGAAAUGGAUGUGAACGAGUGUGUGUCAGAGCCCUGUCAGAAUGGAGCUAUCUGUAUAGACGGAGUGGCAGAAUACCACUGUUUCUGUGUGCCGGGUUUCCAGGGUUACAACUGUGAAAUCGACAUCAACGAGUGUGCUUCAAAACCCUGUGAGAACAAUGCCACCUGCAUCAAUGAGAAGGACCACUAUGAGUGUGAGUGCCUGGUUGGCUUUGCAGGAGUCAACUGUGAAACUGAAAUAAAUGAGUGCGACUCUUUUCCCUGCCACAACGGAGCCACCUGCCAUGACCUGUUUGGGAUGUACUCCUGUGAGUGUCCGGCUGGGUUUGAGGGCAUCGACUGUGAAGUGGAUGUUGAUGAGUGUGCCAGUGAUCCCUGUCAGAACAGAGCAGUCUGCCGUGACAUGGUGAACAGCUAUGAAUGUGACUGCAGUGAAACCGGGUUUGAGGGUGACCACUGUGAGGUGGACAUCCCAGAGUGUGCCUCCCAUCCCUGCCAGCAUGGGGCCACGUGUGUUGAAGGAAUCAAAGAAUACGCCUGCAUGUGUUGGCUCGGUUAUGAAGGACCUAACUGUGAGGUGGAUAUAGACGAGUGUGCUGAGCAGCCCUGCCAGAACAGUGGGGAGUGCUUUGAGCGCUCAGAUCCGUCUCACUGGGAGCUGGACUGGGAGCUUAACUUUGCAGAUGCAGCUGGUUAUAUCUGCCAGUGUCAGCCUGGUUUUGCAGGUGAGAACUGCUCUGUAAAUAUUGACGAGUGUGAGUCUGAACCCUGUCAGAAUGGAGGAGCUUGUGAAGACAAGAUCAAUGGUUACACUUGUGCAUGCUCUGCUGGAUUCUUAGGUGAGCUGUGUGAAGUGAACAUUAAUGAAUGUGAGAGCCAGCCCUGCAUGAACGGUGGCUGGUGUGAAGAUGGCCGAGCAUCCUACACCUGUCACUGCACUGAAGCUGAGCCAGGAAAGCUUCCUUGGGGGGGCGAUCACUGUGACGUUAAACUUUACGGCUGUGUUGACCAUGAAUGCCAGAAUGGAGCCACCUGCCACCCGUGGCUGGAGGAUGGAGAGCACGGUCACACAUGUCUGUGUCCUCACGGCUUCUACGACGAGCACUGCUCCACCAGAACAACCUUCUCCUUCUCCACACCUGGAUUUAUUCCCAUAGAGGUUGUUCUAGAAGAACGAACCCGCAGGGAGGUGGCACACAAUUUUCAUAAAGGUUUUGGGGUGCAGCUGCGCUUCCGGACUACGAUACCCAACACAUUACUGUUCUACAGAGGGGAUGUGGAUAACUACCUCCUACUGGAGAUUUUCGAUGGUGGUCUUAGUGCAAAAGCCUUUUCUGAGGAGUCUGAACUGGAUGUAACCUUCCCUGGUUUGGUUAGCGAUGGAUCUUGGAGGGAUGUUCAUGUGUUUCUGGAUACCAAAGGUCUGGUUUUGAUUCUGAAAGGCCCAGACUGCGACAGAGACGGGUGCAUGGUUACAGAUGGCGGCACAGACGAGCCACCUUUCCAGCCCUCUGAAGCCUUUACUAAUGUUUAUUUAGGUGGAGCACCAGUGGAGCUUCUGGAGCGCUCUGUAAGUGGUGCAGGAUUCAUCGGCUGUAUGGAAGACCUAAUGAUUGACUCAAAACCUGUUUUACCACAAACACUUCCAGAGGCCCAAGGCUUUGAACUGGGAUGCAGUAAGACUGAAUGGUGUAAGCCUGAUCCCUGCAGUGGUCAUGGGCGAUGUGUGGACCUGUGGACGAGCUACCAGUGUGACUGCUACCGGCCUUUCCACAGUGAGAGCUGCUCUGAAGAGUUCCCAUCAUGGACCUACAGCCACGAGGACUCCAUGAGCUUCAGUGCCUUUAACAUAAAGAAGAGCCACGGGAGCAACUUCACCAUUUCUUUCCUCCUGAAAUCAUUAAAACCAGACGGGCUGCUGUUCCAGCUCAGAAGACCCACAGCAGAGGCUGAAGGAGAGGUCUACCUCUCAGUCUAUCUGGGGAUGGGGAGGGUUUUUGUCAGAUCUCUGCCUAACAGCCCCCCGCUGACAGCUCCGAUCUUUGUGACCACUGGUGAGAAGCAGCUUCUGUUUGUGGAGGUCAAACACAGACAGGUGGUUUUUGGUCAUGCUGGCCUCCUCUACAGGAUAGGAGAGAUUCCUGAAGUGGCUGUUAACAGCGGGGAUCAAGUGUAUGUCGGAGGACUUCCCACAGACUGGGACUCUGAGAAGUGGGGGGGACAUUUCAAAGGUUGCCUCCAGGAUCUUCGUUUAGACUCGGUGCAUCUGGAUCGGGAUGGAUGGAAGAGUUCAUCUGAAGAAGUUUAUCCAGAGAGCGUUUCUGAAAAUGUGAAGACAGGCUGCAUCAGUGACGAUACAUGCAAGGUGAAGCCUUGUCAAAAUGGAGGAGAAUGUAUGAUCACUUUCAAUGACUUCACUUGCUCAUGUUCAGAGGAAUACAGAGGGAAGACCUGUGAAACCCACCUGUGGUGUGUUAGUGAUCCCUGCGUCAGCGGCGGCCACUGUGUGGACCUUCCUGAUGGAUAUGAAUGCUUAUUUAACGCCACGUUUGAGAACAACCCUGUGCAGUACAGCGCUGGAGGCUCGCUGGCUGAACCAGUCUCCAGCAUCUACCUGGAGCUGCGGACUCGAUCUGAGAACGCCGUGCUCCUCAGGGCCAGCUGGGGCAACCACCUGCUGAUGGUGGGGUUGCUGGAUUUCUCCGUUUUGGUGAAGAUCCAGAGUGAGAAUUACAUUGUGGAGUCGCUGAGCUUUAAAGGAAACCGGCAAGUGGCCGACGGACUUUGGCACCGUGUGAACAUCUCUAUGACUGACAGGGAUCGUAAAGCUUCGUCCUGGAUCAUCACUGUGGAUGGGAUCACAGACGGCAGCAGUGUGCCAGAGCACAUAGGAAGUGUUGGUUUCCUCAACAAGAAGGGGGCUGUUGUCGCUGUCGCUGAGAGCUUCACCGGCUGCCUGGGGGCGGUGAGGCUGGGAGGAAUCUAUCUUCCCUUUGGAGAUAACAACAAAGCUCCCCAGCCAUCCCAGUUUCAUCUCAUUGGAAAACCAACCAUCCAUCUGGGCUGCAGCAGUGCCCCAGUCUGUGAUUCAGACCCUUGCCUAAAUGGAGGCACCUGUGAAGACAUCUUCAAUAAAUAUGGCUGUUUGUGUGACUCUGGCUGGGAGGGACAGCAGUGUGAGACAGACGCCGAUGACUGUGCAUCGCAGCCCUGUGUCUACGGCAGCUGUAAGGACUACUUAGCUGGUUUUGAGUGUCGCUGUCAGCCUGGGUAUGCUGGCACCUUCUGUGAUGAGGAUAUCAACGAGUGUGAGGAUCACGCUUGUGAACAUGGAGGGACCUGUCAGGAUGGACCAAACAUGUACACAUGUGUGUGUCCCAAGGACUACAGUGGUCCCCGAUGCCAGUGGGACUAUCCUCCUAAAACGUGCAAGGAAGACAUCCAGUGUGCAAAUGAAGGCAUCUGCAACGACGGGCUGUGGGGAGCUAACUGUACAUGCAUGCCAGGUUUCACAGGAAGCAGGUGUGAAAUGGAGAUUGAUGAGUGUGAGUCGAACCCAUGCCAGAACGGAGGUUCCUGUUUGGAUCGAUUCAAUAUGUUUGUCUGUGAAUGCCCGCCUGGAUACAGCGGUCCAACCUGUGACACCAAUAAACAAGCCCAUAAACAAGGAAUUCCCUGGCUGAUGAUAGCCAUCCCACUGCUCUGCCUCUGCAUGCUGAUACUGAUAAUCAGCAUGACUUUUAUGGUGCUCACAGCAAGGAAGAAGCGACAGUCUGAGGGUGUGUACAGCCCCAGUUCUCAGGAGCUUGCUGGAGCCCGGCUGGAGAUGGACAGCAUGCUCAAAGUCCCCCCAGAGGAAAGACUCAUCUGACACCAAAACGGAUAGAUUCAGAUCUGAUAGGAGCAAAGACUCCCGAUCUACGUGAAGGCUGUCCAGCAUGUUGUUUAAUACAGCCCCCUUGUGGUAAUGGCCAGGUACUGACCUCGUGCAGCUUUGCACCAGUUUCAUGAUGCUGCCUCUGUCUUCCAUGAAUAUUGGCAUAAGGUGUUUAUAGAUCCAGUCCAGCCCGCUUUAAUACA